GAGGCUGAGAAAAGCAGACUUCAGGUGACUUUGAGGGGCUCUGAGUUGUAUCCAGUUAAACUUGGGACACUCGCACUUCCACAUUCUGCUUCUCCUUCCUAUAGGUCCAGUUUCUGUUUCAUUUUUCUAAAGACUUGACACAGUUUUCCAAUCAUUUUCCCCUGAUGCUGCCAUCCUACGGAGAGGGUGCUUUCCCUGGACAGGCAGAAGAGUUUGCACGGAGGUGGUCUCUGUCGUGAUUGUGCAUCUCAUCUGAUAGUGCCGGGUGCCAGUGCUCGGUUGCCAAGCAAGGUAGCUGAACCAGUGAUGUAUGUUCUCAUUUAUGUUCUGUUCCCAACCCCAGAGCACGAUGAUCGAGUUAGUUUCCCUCAAAGAAGAAAGAAAGGCCGGGGCCCUUUCCGGUGGAAGUAUGGUGAGGGGAACCGGAGGUCUGGAAGAGGAGGUUCUGUUGUUCGGUCUUCCCGCCUUGAGGAAGAUGACAGAGAUGUGGCAAUGAGCGACGUCCAGGAUGUUCCCCGACUACGAUACAACCCCUAUGCUGCACGACCCAACCGUCGGGGUGACAGCUGGCACGAGCGGUCUCGAAUUCAUGUUACUGUGCCCGUGCGGAGAGCUCGAGCUCCUCCAGAGGGGGGAGGGGCUGGCACCAGCCAGGAUGGGGCCUCAAAGAACUGGUUUAAGAUCACAAUUCCUUAUGGCAGGAAAUACGACAAGUCAUGGCUCCUGAGCAUGAUUCAGAGCAAGUGCAGCGUCCCUUUCACUCCCAUUGAGUUUCACUAUGAAAACACACGGGCCCAGUUUUUUGUUGAGGAUGCCAGUACUGCCUCUGCGUUGAAGGCUGUCAACUAUAAGAUUUUGGAUCGGGAGAACCGCAGGAUAUCUAUCAUCAUCAACUCCUCUCCUCCACCCCAUACUGUGCAGAAUGAACUGAAGCCAGAACAAGUAGAGCAGCUAAAGCUGAUCAUGAGCAAACGAUACGAUGGCUCCCAACAGGCACUUGACCUCAAGGGCCUCCGUUCAGACCCAGAUUUGGUGGCCCAGAACAUUGAUGUUGUCCUGAAUCGUAGAAGCUGUAUGGCAGCCACCCUGCGGAUCAUUGAAGAGAACAUCCCUGAGCUGUUGUCCUUAAACUUGAGCAAUAACAAGCUGUACAGGCUGGAUGACUUGUCCAGCAUUGUGCAGAAAGCACCCAAUCUAAAGAUCCUCAAUCUUUCUGGAAAUGAGCUGAAGUCUGAGCGGGAGUUGGACAAGAUAAAAGGGCUGAAGCUAGAAGAGCUGUGGCUUGACGGAAACACCCUGGGUGAUACCUUUCGAGACCAGUCCACCUACAUCAGCGCCGUUCGAGAGCGAUUUCCCAAAUUACUACGCCUGGACGGCCAUGAGUUACCCCCACCGAUUGCCUUUGACGUUGAAGCCCCCACAGUGUUACCUCCCUGCAAGGGAAGCUACUUUGGAACAGAGACCCUGAAGAAUCUGGUCCUGCACUUCUUGCAGCAGUACUAUGCGAUAUAUGACUCCGGAGACCGGCAGCGGCUCCUGGACGCCUACCACGAUGGGGCCUGCUGCUCCCUGAGCAUUCCUUUCACCCCCCAGAACCCUGCCCGAAGCAACUUGGCUGAGUACUUCAAGGAUAGUAGGAAUGUGAAGAAGCUUAAAGACCCUACCCUGCGGUUCCGGCUGCUGAAGCACACGCGUCUCAACGUUGUGGCCUUCCUCAACGAGUUGCCCAAAACUCGGCAUGACGUCAGCUCCUUCGUGGUAGACAUAAGCGCCCAGACGAGCACGUUGCUGUGUUUUUCUGUCAAUGGAGUCUUCAAAGAAGUGGAUGGAAAAUCUCGGGACUCUUUGCGAGCCUUUACCCGGACGUUCGUCGCUGUUCCUGCCAGCAAUUCAGGGUUGUGCAUCGUAAACGAUGAGCUGUUUGUGCGGAAUGCCAGUCCUGAUGAGAUCCAAAGAGCCUUUGCCAUGCCUGCACCCACACCUUCUUCCAGCCCAGUGCCCACCCUCUCCCCAGAGCAGCAGGAAAUGCUGCAGGCAUUUUCUACCCAGUCUGGCAUGAACCUUGAGUGGUCCCAGAAGUGCCUUCAGGACAACAACUGGGACUACACCAGAUCUGCCCAGGCCUUUACUCAUCUCAAGGCCAAAGGCGAGAUCCCAGAAGUGGCGUUCAUAAAGUGAUCCAUAGUCAUGCCCCAGAAGAUCCAUGUAAAUAGCCCUUGUAUGUACUGAUGUCUCCUCUCCGGCCCCAAGGCCACUCUGUGACUGUGACUCUCCUUACCUGCCUUCUGGAAGACUUCGGGAAGAUUGAGCCUCCCUGGUGCCAGGAAGCCAAAGCUUACUUUGUAGAACUGACACUAAACUACCCGAAGGACUUAGGUGCUUUGUGUACUUAACCCCAGGAUCCUCCCUACUUUUUAAGAUAAAGAGUGAUAUUGUA